GCCAAAGUAACAAAUUUAAGCUCGUAGAAGCAAGCAGGCAACUAAAUUUCGGGUCAAUUUCCCCAACUACUUUUCAUCUCCUCACACAAAACAAAACACACACGCUCUAUCUAUCUAUACACACACCUAUACAUACAUACAUCACCGGCGAAAUCAUGGCGGACGACAAGUACAACCGGAAGAAUCCGGCAGUGAAGAGGAUUCUACAGGAGGUUAAAGAGAUGCAAUCCAAUCCUAGUGAUGAUUUCAUGAGCCUCCCUCUCGAGGAGAAUAUAUUUGAGUGGCAAUUUGCAAUAAGAGGACCAAGUGAAACAGAGUUCGAGGGAGGUAUAUAUCACGGAAGAAUUCAGCUGCCUUCGGAAUACCCAUUCAAGCCGCCAUCAUUUAUGUUGUUGACGCCGAAUGGACGGUUUGAAACCCAAACGAAGAUAUGCUUGAGUAUAUCGAAUCAUCAUCCCGAGCACUGGCAGCCAUCUUGGAGUGUUCGUACAGCUUUAGUAGCACUCAUUGCAUUUAUGCCAACCAAUCCAAAUGGGGCACUGGGCUCACUAGAUUAUAAGAAAGAAGAACGGCGUGUCCUCGCUGUUAAAUCCCGUGAAGCUGCUCCAAAGUUUGGAAAUCCUGAACGUCAACAGUUAAUUGAUGAGAUUCAUGCCUACAUGUUGAGCAAGGCACCCCCAGUUCCUCAAAUAAGCUCUGGAGAGGCUGGUGAAGAAAACUCUUUGAACGGAGAAGGGGAAGCGAAUGGAAGUGCUAAAGACGCUGGUGCACAAGUUGCUGAUGGUGGAACUUCUAAUCCUACAGAAGAUGAUAGGAUACUGGAGAACAGGCAUGAAGCUCCUCUGAAUGCAAACCCUAUCCCGGAAGAAUUGGCCGUUGCUAGGCCGGUUAUUGAUGGACCCUUAGGUCAGCCGCAGCUGCUACAAAGGCCAGAUACUAGGAUGCAAAAACCUGCUGAUGAUCGCCUUCUUACAUUGGCUGCAGUAGGACUGACUAUUGCUAUUGCUUUCCUUCUCUUAAAGAAGUUUCUGAAAGCGAGUGAAUAUGGUGCUGUCUUCAUGGAUGGAUCAUGAAUAUGUUGCUGGUUAGGAGCUGAAUCUGCCUAUUGCCUCUGGUUAUUUAUAAAAUUUACAUAUAAAAUUUGCUUCAGUUUCAUAAAAUAAUAGCCGCAUAGCAUGCUGAAAAUUGUAUAAGGUAUUGUAUAGUUAGCAUGUUUAUUUACUGGCAAGAUAAUAUGAAAACAUGGAGAGUUUUAUGCAUUGUAGAGUGUCUAUACAGAAAUUUCCCAGUUCAUUAAUAAUUAUGUCCGUAUUAUAUUU